ACCAACUGCAUCUAAUAUCCAUGAAGAAUUAUCGAAAUGGUAUCGGAUGUUAGAUAAUAGCAUUGCAGAAGAUAAAAAUGAAUUAACAAUAUUAAAAGCAUUCCAAUAUGCAGAUGCAAUUAUUCCAACGUUAUCAACAGAAUUGCCAAAUUUUCCUAAAGAUAAACUUACAAGUAAACUGCUUACUUUUAAAAGUCUCUCUGUGCCAAUUAAUUCUCUGUCACAAAUUCCUGGUUCUCAAAAAUGGGAAUGUUCGAUUCCUGAUGACCAUUAUAACCUUUCCACGGCAUCACCAUCAAAAAAAACUCGAACAUGUGAUUUUA